AUGGAUAAUUCAUCGAGUUUUCAACGAAUCACUCGCUCUCAGGGAAAAAAGCAUCUCGAGGAAACAUUAGAAGCCGAAGUAUCUGACGAUGACCACGUGUCGGAUAGUGACGACGACGAAUAUUUUCCACCGAAUGAAGCUGCAGCUUCAGAUUGUGAUGAUACAGCUGAUGAAAUUGCAUUCAAUGAAGAUGAUGAAGAAAGUGAAAAUGGAGAAGAUGGAGAUGAAGAUGAAGAUGAAGAAAGUGAUGUAGCAGCGACGGGGUUAGGAAUGAAAGCAAAAGAUGGUACGCAGUGGGCUGCGACACCAUCAAGUGAGCAUCAAGUUGAAAGGCGUAACAUUGUACGAGAGAGAUGUGGGCCUCAUAGAAAUACCAGCAUGCUGUCCGUUCUCGAUACCUUUAAAUUAUUUUUUACUCCAGAAAUGGCAGAUAUCAUUAUACGCCAUACUAAUAAAAAAGCAAUUUCAACAUAUACAGCGUAUAAUGAAAAAAAUUCGGACAAAAAACAAUUAGUUUGGAAGAAUCUUGAGCUGCAGGAAUUUUAUGCUUUCUUGGCUAUUUUGAUAACCUCUGGCGCCAACAACUCAAAUACUGACAAUGCAAAGGAUAUGUGGCAGACGUAUUCAUAUCCAUUAUAUCGUGCAGCAAUGAGCAUCAAUCGCUUCUGGAACAUCAUUCGCUUUAUUCGAUUUGAUGAUGCCAAUACUCGAGCUGAGCGUAUGGAGACUGAUAAAGCUGCUCCAAUACGAGACAUUUGGACAAUGCUUAAUAGCAAUUUAGCAAAACACUAUAAGCCAACAGAAUACCUGACGAUCGACGAGCAACUUUAUCCAUACCGUGGUCGAACUAGAUUCACCCAGUAUAUACCAUCGAAGCCAGCAAAGUAUGGAAUCAAAGUAUGGUGGAUAUGUGAUGCUGAGAAUUCGUAUCCACUUACUGGACAGCUUUACACUGGGAAAUCGAGUGAGGGUCGUGAAAAGAACGUUGGUGAGAGAGUUGUCAAAGACUUGGUGGCACCGUAUAAAGGAUCAGGUAGAAAUAUUACUAUGGAUAAUUAUUUUACUACUCUUCCAUUGGCAAAAUCUUUACUAUCGUGGAACUUGACGAUUGUUGGCACUUUGAAGAAAAAUAAGGCAUAUAUUCCACCAGCAAUGGCUGCAUCGAAAACGCGAGAGGAAUUAUCUACUGUGUUUGGUUUUCAUGAAAAAAUAACCAUGUGCAGUUAUGUGCCAAAAAUAAAAAAGGUAGUAAUUAUGCUAUCAUCAAUGCAUAAUGAAGCAAAAAUUAGUGAUAAGGCAAAGAAAAAACCCGAAAUCAUUGAAUUUUAUAACUGGUCAAAAGCUGGAGUGGACACUAUGGAUAAAAUGCUUGCCUUGUUUUUAUAA